AAGCAUAUGUUCCGGAGGGCGGGGAAUGCAGAGGACUGGCUUGUCUUAGUAGCUCGCAUCUAGAAUCCCCGGUAGCGCUAUGGAUAAAGUGUCAGAGCUGAAAGACCAGGGAAACAAGGCACUUAGUGAUGGGUGUCUUGAGGAGGCUGUGCGCUGCUACACGGAUGCACUCUCCCUCGACCCAUCCAACCACGUUCUCUACAGCAACCGCUCAGCUGCCCAUGCCAAAAAGGGCGACUAUGAGAGUGCCUUACAGGAUGCCUGUAACACCAUACAGAUCAAACCAGACUGGGCCAAGGGAUAUUCUAGAAAGGCUGCUGCUCUAGAGUUCCUUGGCAGAUUUGAGGAGGCCAAAUUGACCUAUCAGGAGGGACUCGAACACGAGCCGACUAAUCACCAGCUCAAGGAGGGACUUCACAACAUGGAGGCCCGGCUAGAAGUGAAGAGGAGGAGGAAUCCUUUCACCAUGCCGGACAUGUAUGAAAAGCUGGAGAGCGACCCCCGCACGUGUGCCCUGCUCUCGGAUGUUGGAUACAGAGCAUUGCUAGAGCAGCUCAGGGAGCAGCCGUCCGAGCUCGCCAUGAAUGUACAUGACCCCCGGGUGAUGACCACGCUCUCGGUCCUGCUGGGGUUCAACCUCGGCAGGGCAGAGGAGGAAGAGCCCAUCCCAUUCUCGCCAUCCGAACCGAAACCACAGACUCCCCCUCCUGCAGAAGAGGACGUGACAGACAACCGGACACAGGCCCUGACAGAGAAGGAGCUGGGGAAUGCGGCAUAUAGAAAGAGAGAUUUUGCCACUGCAGUGAAGCACUAUGAAGUAGCCUUUCAGCAAGACCCCACCAACAUGACCUACCUCACCAAUCAAGCAGCUGUUUACUUUGAGACGGGGGACUUUGAAAAGUGCAGGGAGCUGUGUGAGAAGGCCAUCGAGUUGGGAAGAGAGAACCGGGUGGAUUACAGACAGAUAGCCAAGGCCUAUGCUCGAAUUGCGAACUCGUACUUCAAGCAGGAGAGGUACCCGGAGGCCGUUCAGUUCUAUAACAAGAGUCUGACUGAGCACCGCACCCCAGAUGUACUCAAGAAGUGCCAACAGGCAGAGAAGAUUACGAAGGAGAAGCAGAAGAUGGCCUACAUCGAUCCCGAUGUGGCCCUGGAAGAGAAGAACAAGGGCAACGAGGCCUUCCAGAGGGGUGAUUAUCCUCUGGCCAUGAAACACUACACAGAGGCCAUACGCAGGAAUCCCAAUGAUGUCAAGCUCUUCAGCAACCGUGCAGCCUGCUACACCAAGCUGCUGGAGUUUCAGUUAGCUCUGAAGGACUGUGAAGACUGUAUCAGACUGGAACCCUGCUUUAUAAAAGGCUACACCCGUAAAGCAGCGGCUCUGGAGGCCAUGAAGGACUUCACUAAAGCUAUGAUCUUCUACCAGAAAGCUAUGGAAAUCGACCCCAGAUCCAAGGAGGCCAUGGAGGGACUGCAGCGCUGCUUGUUCAGCCAAGCGGCACGCAGUGACAGCCCAGAGGAGGUCAGAGGGAGGGCCAUGUCCGACCCGGAGGUGCAGCGAAUAAUGAGCGACCCGGCAAUGGGCCUUAUUCUGGAGCAGAUGCAGAAAGACCCCCACGCAAUCAGCGAACACUUGAAGAACCCAGUAAUUUCCCAGAAAAUCCGGAAACUAAUUGAUGUGGGACUCGUAUCCAUCCGGUGAAUACAGAAAAUGUGGGAGGCUACAGAGCUACAGGGGAACAAUAAUUAAUCCUCCCCACCCCGUGACCUACCUUUUUCAGUUUCAGCAAAAUACAAAUUCAUUUCAAUUAAAUAGUGGCUAGUUGCAGAAGUUCACCAUUAGAUUUUCACCAGUAUUUUUACAUUUGUUUUUUAUUAUAUAUUCUUUGCUGUUAUAUACACUCACUGAGCACUUUAUUAGGUAGACCUGUACACCAGCUUGUAAAUGCAAAUAUUUAAUCAGUCAGUCAAGUGGCAGCAGGUAAAUGCAUAAAUCAUGCAGACGUGAUAAAGUGGUUCUGCUUUUUUUCAGACCAAAUCAGACAGUCAGACAGGCAGUCUCUAGAGUUUGCAGAGAAUGGUGUGAAAAACAAACAAGAUCCAGUGAGCAGCAGUUCUGUGGGCAAAAACGCAUUGUUAAUGAUAGAGGUCAGAGGAGAAGGGCCAGGUUGGUCAAAGCUGACAGGAAGGUGACAGUAAUGCAAGUAACCACACGUUACUACAGUGGUAUGCAGAAGAUAAGUGGAUAGGCUACAGCAGCAAAAGACCAAUAAGUCAAAAAAAUAAGUCCAAUAAAUACCUAAUAGUGCUCACUGAGUGAAUAAGACCAUGGGAGUCAUUCACAUCAUUUUAAUGUUUGGAAUAUUUUGAUUGUCAAUCUUGUCAAGUCCAAAUCUCACGAAGCCACACAUGUCGAUGGCAGUUUAUUUACAAACAUGUAGAAGCAUGUUUGCAUUUGAAAGAGAAAAUGUAUUGCAGUAAAUUUCAAUCAUCGUUACGACCACUGCCUCAA